GCAAGUUCAUUGUUUUAAUAUUUUAAUUAGGUCUUGUCAAUUGUUCUUAACACAGGAAUCUUCUGGAAUUUUUUAUGAUGGUUUUAUCUUCUUCUCAAUUCUUAUGUCACAAACUAUUAUUUAUAUUAAUACUUCUACUGGCUGACGACUCAUUAGCAAAUCAUUGGGAGAGACCAGGAUGCUUUAAAGUUGGUCAUUCUCGAACUAUUAGUAUUCCUGGAUGCAUAGAAUUCGAUGUUGCUACGAAUGCUUGUCGAGGUUUUUGUGUAUCUUAUUCUGUGCCUUCUUCCGAAGAUCAUUUACUCUUUAAACCAUAUCAAGCUAUCACAUCAUAUGGGCAAUGCUGUAGUAUUAUGGAAACAGAAGAUGUAAAAGUAAAAGUUAUGUGUAUAGAUGGCCCUAAGGCAUUAACCUUCAAAUCAGCUGUCACAUGUGAUUGUGAUCAUUGUAAGAAACCCUUUAAAGAAGUUGUCAACAUGGUUUAAAAAUAGAUACAAUUUCUAUAAUAUGAUAUGAAAUGAUGU